CGAUCGACCCUUACCCGAGGCGGCCUUGGCGCAAGGACGAAGCACAUGCGAGCCGCCGUCACGGCCAGCCGUUGGACCCUGAGGCAAAAUGCAGAGGCUUAUUGCAGCAUGCACAAAGGCUAUUUGGUGUAUUCAAUAUCUCUCACUUUUUGUUCGGUCAUGUACCGGUGUCUAUCUCUAUCAUGCAGCCAGUAGUAGUUCCACGGAUUCAUCAUCUACGUCUGUCGCCAGCGCAAAGUUAAGCCCAAACAUGGAAGGAUACGCCAGGGGAAUUGGCCUUGUCACAAGGAAUCUAAUUCGAUUCAGGACCAAGGACGUCAAAGGGGGGAAAAGGUAGAUACCAUGCGACGUUUCGUAUGUCAAGUAUCUUUAUCCAUACAAUGGCACGAAAAGGUACUUUGUAAGGUAGUCCGUACAGCAGACCAUGCCUAACUCAGUCGGUCUCAUCGGCUUCUUGUCUUCAGCAUCAGAUAAAGCAGCGCCGGCGCAAUCUCUGCCCCUCCUUCGCCCGCCUCCUUGAAGACCCCUCCAUGGCUCCCAUUGGGCGUGUGCCUACUCCUUAUCGACGACUCCUUGCGAUACGGCAGGCUGACACAGGGAUGGUGCCCGCAGGAAGUGGUGAUAGCGUCUGAGGUGGUCCACAAAUGCGAAAAUGCACUUGCACCAUGAGGUGAGAGAUGUAUCAAGGAAUUUGCCC